CCCCUCUUUUCAUCUAUUCCUUCUUUCCAUCUCUUCCUUCUUUCCAUCUCUCCCCUCUUUCCAUCUCUUCAUAUUGUAUUCACCUUUUUCCAUCUCGUCUACUCUUCAUAUUGUAUUCAUCUGUUUCCUCCUCCUCUUUACAUUCUCUUUUCCUCGUUCAGCCUCUCACCUCACUUGUCAAAUUUCGUCUCUGCUCUCGUGAAUCAUUCACUGCUCUGCCUCUCCCUCUCACUCAAUCGGAACUUCAUCAUUGUCCUGCCAUAAUCUCCAUCUUCGUCGUGAAGAUGAGAACACGGUCGGCACGUCAAUGCCAAGGCGCUGCUGCCUCAACCGCCGUGAUGCUGAUUCCCAACCCCACCCAGACAGUAUCGAAGAUCAACCAGGCGCAGUCUCUCCACAUAAUCCAAACCACAGUCUCAGCAGCGCUUUCCACCAUACUAUGGAUCAACAACCUCUUUCCUGACGAUCAUUUCGAGACACGCAGUUACAACCUUGACGAUCCGGCUUUCGCUUACACUAUAAAGCCCCUAGCUCAAACUAUUCGGGAAAGGAGGCAACAGGGAACCGGCGAAGCAAGGGUUACUUGGGAGUUUCUCCUCAGAGGGAAAACUACAAAGGUCGAUAAGAUCUGGUUGUGGCUGGACGGAGUUUGCGACGCCAUCAAGCAUGGAUAUUUGGCAACAUUUCAGAUUACCUUCCACAAGGGGAUAGUGUCACGCGACACCAUAGCUGUAGCUUACGUGUUGAGGUUCAGCUACUCCAAGAAUGGAGGCGAGAUUCAGCUUGACAUUUUGGCAGGAAAUCAAGAGGUCGAAGUAACAACAGAGGACAAGCAUAAUUUGAGGAACAUGUUUCAUAAACUCAUAACGAUGUCCCAAGAAACAAUGAAAUUCCCAGAAGAUCCAACAAUAAGCUUGCAAUUGACCUACAACGAAACCUGCCCACCCGAUUAUCGUCCGAUGGGAUUUGUCGUCGCUCCUGACCCGAGUAUAAUAAUGGACGAACAUAAUGGCAUGAGACUUGGUGACAUGGACACGAAAUAUCACCGUGUUGGAAUGAGCCUCGUCAUUCCGCUACCAACCGCCGCCCAUGGCUCAAAUGGGUCUUCCCGGGCUGCGAGACGGUCCAACUCCCAGCUGAUCUUGAACGACAGCAACCUCGUGUCCACUCCAGCUACUGCUUCCCCUUCUGAUGGCUCCAGCUUCUUGAAUACCCAGGAGCGCGCAGAAAUACAACUAGUGCGCGAAAUGGUCCCCAUGGGACGAGAAGUUGGAGAUACCCAACGAGUGCAGGAUACCCACUCACAAACAAGUCCUUCAGAGGGAUCAUUACCCACACCGCCACGUGCACCCACCGGACAAGGUAUCCCACCACCAGAUGAGAGACGAUUCUAUUUCGACCGUGAAACUAUUCGAAAUCUCCAUCCAACCCACAAGUGGCGGAAUGGGCAGGUUCAGGUUUCGCACAGUGAAGCCCAAGACAUAGAGUGCCAUUGCGGAAAGCAAUUUGCCAGCAUGACUGUACAAUGUGAAAUCUGUCAAAAGAGACAACACCUUCAUUGCCACGGAUACCUUGAAACAGACGUCAUGGAUACCCAUGUGUGCUACACAUGUCUUUUGCAUGCUGAGCCUGAUCUCAGCAAUGAAAUGCAAGGGCUGUGGUUAUUGAGACAAAUUGUCUGGGUUGCAUCUAUGGAGAAGUAUCCGCCCAAAGAAGCCGACUUGGCUGUCCGCAUAGGUUGCCUGGUGAAAGACGUUGUAGCCGUGAGCCAGAGGCUAGUCCAGGAGAAGUACCUGCGGAAAGUCAGCAAGCCACAGAGCAAGAAGCAUAAGGACUAUCACAGGCGGUCUCAGAUACCACCUUAUCAGUUCGUAGCGGAGGAAAAGGGGCGACUGUUCAAGGAAUAUCUUAAUCCUACAUUUGGGAUAGAGAAAUACCUCCACGAACAUCCGCAGGCCUCAGCCGCCAAGCCAAAGCUCGAGCAAUCAUCAUCACAGGCGGGCCCCGACUUUCGCAUGAGCUCAAUGGCACCUGAAUCUGUGAUGCUCAUGCCAACUUCACGCCCACCGGCGACGCCGCAACCCCCCGGCGCGAAGCUCAUCGGUACCGGUCCCCUAUACGGCAUCUUCGACGCUGAUGACGACGCCGUGACACCCCAUCCCGGCCAUGUGGCUGCGGCGUCUAGCAUGAGCAGUAGCACGCAGGGCUCGCCGAGCCAGAUGGGCGGUCCUGGACCACGGCCGCCUCUGGCUCUGGGUGUGAAGAGGAAAGGGGAUGAUUUGGAGAGAGGUGCAAGGAGCCUGAAGCGAACGGAUUGCGUGCACAGUCCUUUUCUGCUGAAUAGGGCAGUGUGAGUGUGGCGUCAUGGGGGGAUGUUGAAUUCGCGGGGGAUUACGGAGAUGGCUGGGUCUGGCUUAAUGUUUUGGCGCCUCGUUAAAUUGCUGGGUUGGGGGUGUUUCGCUCGAUUUUGGGAGGGGAGUUGUACAAGCUGGCUGGAUGCUCGAAUGGGCUGGGCGGGGCUGCGAGAUCACUGCAUAUGUAACUUAGCCUUUUGCUGAUAUAUACUAUAGAUCGGCUUAAAAUAACAUCAAUUUUUUCAA